CCCCGGCCGGCGCUCAGCUGGGGCGGAGGAAGAGGCGGCCAGGGCCUGCCGAGCCGUUGCAGUCUUCGCGGCUGCUAUGCCCAGGGAGCGCAGCGCCCUCCGCAGCUCCGCGCAGCCCUAGAGGCAGCCGAGCGCCCGCCGACGCCGCCCGGAUCCCCGGUGCCACCGCCACCCCGGUCCCACAGCUCCCGCGGAUCCUCCGGCGCUGCCUGUGAGGCCAGGCGGAGGCAAGAUGAAGAUGACGGUGGAUUUCGAGGAGUGUCUGAAGGACUCGCCUCGCUUCAGGGCCGCUUUGGAAGAAGUAGAAGGCGAUGUGGCUGAGCUGGAACUAAAACUGGACAAGCUUGUGAAACUGUGUAUUGCGAUGAUUGACACUGGCAAAGCCUUUUGUGCUGCCAAUAAACAGUUCAUGAAUGGGAUCCGAGACCUGGCCCAGUACUCCAGCAAUGACGCUGUGGUUGAGACAAGUUUGACCAAGUUUUCUGACAGUCUUCAGGAAAUGAUCAAUUUCCACACAAUUCUGUUUGACCAAACUCAGAGAUCAAUUAAGGCCCAGCUUCAGAACUUUGUCAAAGAAGAUCUUAGAAAAUUCAAAGAUGCCAAGAAACAAUUUGAAAAAGUCAGUGAAGAAAAGGAAAAUGCACUGGUGAAAAACGCCCAAGUUCAAAGAAACAAACAGCAUGAGGUUGAGGAGGCUGCGAACAUCCUCACGGCCACGCGGAAGUGCUUCCGACACAUAGCGCUCGACUACGUCCUGCAGAUUAAUGUGCUUCAAUCAAAAAGGAGAUCAGAAAUCCUGAAAUCCAUGCUGUCCUUCAUGUACGCACAUCUGGCCUUCUUCCACCAAGGGUAUGACCUGUUCAGUGAGCUUGGGCCCUACAUGAAAGAUCUCGGAGCACAGUUGGAUCGACUGGUUGUGGAUGCAGCAAAGGAGAAAAGAGAGAUGGAGCAAAAACACUCUACGAUCCAGCAGAAGGCUGCAUUACAGGAUUUCUCCAGUGACGAUUCCAAGCUAGAGUAUAAUGUAGACGCGGCAAAUGGCAUUGUCAUGGAAGGGUAUCUGUUCAAACGAGCCAGCAACGCCUUCAAAACGUGGAACAGACGCUGGUUCUCCAUACAGAACAAUCAGUUGGUUUACCAGAAAAAGUUUAAGGACAGCCCCACGGUGGUGGUGGAAGACCUCAGGCUCUGCACAGUGAAGCACUGUGAAGACAUCGAGCGACGGUUCUGCUUUGAAGUUGUCUCUCCAACAAAAAGUUGUAUGCUCCAGGCAGAUUCCGAAAAGCUUCGCCAGGCCUGGAUUAAGGCUGUUCAGACCAGUAUUGCAACUGCUUAUAGAGAGAAGGGCGAUGAAUCAGAGAAACUGGAUAAGAAAUCGUCUCCAUCAACAGGAAGCCUAGAUUCUGGAAAUGAAUCAAAAGAGAAAUUAUUGAAAGGAGAAAGUGCACUGCAGCGUGUCCAGUGUAUCCCUGGCAACACCAGCUGUUGUGACUGUGGUCUGGCAGACCCCCGGUGGGCCAGCAUCAACCUGGGCAUUACCUUGUGUAUCGAGUGCUCCGGGAUCCAUCGGAGUCUUGGGGUUCAUUUUUCGAAAGUGAGAUCUUUAACUUUAGAUACUUGGGAGCCCGAGCUCUUAAAGCUUAUGUGUGAAUUGGGGAAUGAUGUUAUAAAUCGUGUUUAUGAAGCUAAACUGGAAAAAAUGGGAAUAAAGAAACCACAGCCAGGACAAAGACAGGAGAAGGAGGCAUAUAUCCGAGCAAAAUAUGUGGAGAGGAAAUUUGUGGAUAAAUACUCUACACUGCAGUCCCCUUCUGAGCAGGAGAAAAGGAUCAUCUCCAAGAGUUGUGAGGACCAGAGGCUGAGCCACGCCAGAGCAUCUGUCCACACCCCAGUGGCUGCUGUAAAUAGCGACGAGGCCAGGCGGGAGUCUCUGUUCUGUCCUGAUGAGCUAGAUUCACUCUUCUCCUACUUUGAUACUUCUUCAAAACUGCGUAGUAUCAAAAGUAAUGACAGUGGGAUCCAGCAAUGCUCUGAUGAUGGCCGAGAAUCUUUACCUUCCACCGUGUCAGCCAAUAGCUUAUAUGAGCCUGAAGGAGAAAGGCAAGAGUCUUCUGUGUUUCUUGACUCUAAACAUCUUAAUCCAGGACUUCAGCUUUAUAGGGCUUCAUAUGAAAAAAACCUUCCCAAAAUGGCCGAGGCUCUGGCUCAUGGUGCAGAUGUGAACUGGGCUAACUCAGAUGAAAACCAAGCAACACCACUCAUUCAGGCUGUAUUAGGGGGCUCUUUGGUGACAUGUGAGUUCCUGUUGCAGAAUGGUGCUAAUGUGAACCAAAGAGAUGUCCAAGGGCGGGGACCGCUGCACCACGCCACCGUCUUAGGACACACAGGGCAGGUAUGUUUAUUCCUAAAGCGAGGUGCCAAUCAACAUGCCACUGAUGAAGAGGGGAAGGACCCUCUGAGUAUAGCCGUGGAAGCAGCCAAUGCUGACAUAGUAACUCUGUUACGCUUAGCAAGAAUGAAUGAGGAAAUGCGGGAAUCAGAAGGACUUUAUGGACAGCCAGGUGAUGAAACUUACCAGGAUAUUUUUCGUGAUUUUUCUCAAAUGGCAUCCAAUAAUCCAGAGAAACUCAAUCGUUUCCAGCAAGAUUCACAGAAGUUCUGAUCCUUCUUUUAAAAGGAAAGGGGAAACUAUGAAAUUUGGUGAAUUCUUAACAUGUACAACCAGAAACUCACACCUUUUUUACUACUUUAAUUCCACUUAAUUUUGGUAGACAUUGAAUUAUUUGGAAAAAAUGGUACCCAUUCAUUUUGGAUUUUUUGUAAAUGAAAACAAGAUCUCUCAUAAUUGGGAAAGAAAUCCACUAUAAUUCUUCUUUUAUUUAAGAAGAAAAAAGUCUGUUUAAUGAGUUGUGCUCCUAUAAAAAGUUGUAUCCAGAUCUAAGGCAUCUCUCCAGUUCUGAGGUGCCAUACUGCUAGACCACUCCAUCCUUUGCCAUGCAUGGGUUGGACUUUGUUCCCCUGGGAACAUUCAGUCACCAUGUCUGCAUCAGGUGGGAGCUAGUUAUCUUACCUGCUUGGAGGAUGUGUCUUUUCUGUAGCUGUCCUUAUAAUAGUUGGUGGUUCAGAUAAGUAUGUGUGUUUUCUGGUAGCUUAGCUGUGGUACCCACAGUGUACAGCGCAAUUGCUAGGACCAGCGAGCGUGCCCCUCGUUCUCUCAUAGGUGCCGUUGUCCUCCGAAACCCCAGCAACACAGCUGCCGUGUGAGUGGACCACACUUUACUCUUUAGAUUUAUUUUGUCUUAUGGUGGAAAGAAGCUCUUACUGCUUUCAUUCUUCAGUCACCUCAAGAAUCUUAGCUCGUUUUUUGUUGUCAGGCUGAUUUCCCGAAGUCUUGACAGAUUGUCAGUGUAACAAAACCGGAUUUCAGAAGUUGACUAUUGCAAAAUUGGACUUUUCAUCAAAAUACAGUGGUGUCAAAGAUAAUAUUAUAGGGCAUUUUUAUAUUUGGAAUUAAUCCAUUCUAAGAUAUAUAUUUUUUACUAUUACUCCUGGUGAAAGAAAAAUCUCCAUGUAAUGGAAAAGAAAGCUAAUUUUUUUUUUUCCUGUUUAUACUAAAAUUUACCAGCAAUAAAGCCCUUUUAUUUUUUUCUACAUUUAUCUUGUGUACUAUACAACAGUAUACAUUCUUUUAAAUUGUAUCUUGUAUAUAGCUUUAGAAUUAAGUGAAAUAAGUCAUUUUGAGUUCCAAAAUUAUGCACGUGUGAUAUGGUCUGUCCAGCCCCGCCUCUGAUUGGUCUUGUCGAGGGACAUGAUGAAGGAGCCUGCCUGUAGCUCACUGCCAGCACUGCUGGUCACACUUACUCUUUACGAGCUAUUUGUCAGUAGCACUGAUACUCAGCUUUGCAGAAACAUUUUGAAAUGUAUGUAAAAUUAUAGUUAAUUAAGUAAAAACUUUAACAUUUUCCCCACAGUACGUAGAGCUUUAUUUUAAUUAAAUAUAAAAUCAGAAUUCGAGUAGAAAUUCUAUUGAAAUAAAUUUGCCACUCAGAUAAGGUCCAGGUUGCAAGCAUGCAAUGCCUAUUUAGUAAGCCACCACACAUUGAGGAUAAGUAUCUGUUGUGAUUUGCUUCUGAGGACAUGCAAACUUUACAGGGUGAAAGGAUUUUGUCUUUGCUGCCUUGCCUCAGACUUGCAGGUCAUUUGGCCUGGUAGGCAUUUUGAUAAAGGCAGAGGUCUCAUUUGUGAUACUUUAAUUGGUAUGUAUUUUGAAAUUUAUUGUCCUAAAACAUGUUAAAAGGAAGAGAAAUAGUAAGAAAAGUAAAGAAAAUUAAGAAAGCCUGCCUCUUGUCCGCAGCGCUCCUUCUCUGUCACUCCUGGAGCUCCUGCCUGGUCUGUGGAGGGGCAGGUGGGACUCCCUUUGGUUUCCCUGCUUGAGGCAGUUCCUCCGGACUUGCCCCUGCUGGCUGUGGCAGUUAGUGUCUGGCUCUCUCUUUAAUGACUAGAGUGGUUUUUGGUGGGAAAAAAAAAAAGCCUUAAAGAUUCAAGUGAAAUGCCUUAAAGAUUAUUAUGCUUCUGAAUAUCUUUAGAAUUAAGAUUUAGCUACGUCACUUAGUACUAUGUAGAGGCUGGCAGUGCAAGGCUAUAUUGCUGUGGCUUACUUCACUUUCUCAAUGUACUGACAUAUUAGGUGAGAGAAAGGACUGGAGUGCUUUGAGGCUGGUAAUGAAUAGAUUCAAAGGCACUUGGCUCUCGGCUGAGUUCUGCUGUGCUCACUGACAGCUCUCUGUGGCAAGGGGGAAAUACUCCGAGCAUUAGCGAGAUGAGCACACACGGUGGGGCCGGACAUGCAUGCUGCUCGUUCUGAUUGCCCUGCUAUCUCUCUGGGACAAACAUGCUGAUAAUAGUUUUAUUCUUCAUUAUUCAUCUGUUCUUUUUCAUGCUCUCGUUGAUGUAAAAAUUGAGUUACGGCCACAGUAAGAAUAGAGGAGUUACGAAGGAUUCAUGAAAUGCUGCUUUAACGUGGAUGUGGAUAAAGGUGAUCAGGCAGUCAUCCACCAGGCUUCAUUGAAACAUGAGAUUUUAAAUUCAUUUUUAACACAGCCAUUGAAAAUUAAUUUCAGCAUUACAGUGUGCCUAACUAAUUGACACUGGUGUUCACUGUAGUUUAGGGAACUCUAGUAUUUACUUUCCCCAAAGUAAUACAGCUUGCAACUUGUACUUUAAUAUGUCAAAGGUGCAUUUUGGGGAAGAAAACAUGUACACUCACAUUUUACAGAAUUUAAAUUUGUGAUCAUGUUAGGAGUAGUUAAGAAUAAAUUUGCCUGCAUAUUAGAUAACGAUUGAUCAUAAGCCAAAUUUUGUUUAAAACUAAACUGCUACCCACUUUGAGUAAUUGGACAUCCCUAGAUCAUCCAUUUAAAUGAACUCUGUGUGUGGUUGCAUUUUGACCAUCAGCAGGGCUAGGAAAUGUGUGGUUUUUUUUUAAAUGAAACCCUCUAUCCAUAGUAACUUCUGUACCUAUCCUUCUUGGAUCCAGGGCUUCUGACAAAGUGAAUGGAUGAAACAAAGGGAACUGUAAACUCCUUUGUGCAUUUUAUGACUUAGGCUGAGCUUUCACUUUGCCCUUUCUCUCCUGGUGUCACAGAGGACUUCUGAGGCCCUGGUCAGUGACUGUCAGCCUUGUCGUGACUCCAUUCCUAGCCUGCUGCUCUUGGUUUGCAGAGAUGGUCACUUGCUUUGCUAGUUGGCAGAAGAGCUGACCCGUGACCCAGGUCUGACAUACGCUUCAGAAGCAUCUGUGUCCUGAGAGGACUCAACAUCACUGUCAAACAGCAGCUUUCCCUGUGUUUGACAAGAGACUUCAGAUACUCUGGAGAACUUCAUUAUGAAGUUUAAAGGAAUAGAUUGAAAUUUGAAAGCAUCAAAUUGUAGAAAAGUCUACAUUUUUUUAAAAAAAAAAAACAUUAAUAAAAGAAAAAUCUUAAGAAAGUUAAACUCUCACCAGUUAUUACCUCUGUAAUGUUUCCUAAUGAAAUGUAACUGUAAAAGGGGCUGGGUCCACCUGGCUGAGUCCUGCCGCCUCCGGGGAUGAUUGUUGUGGGUCGAGGGGGCUCGUGGACAAAGAUUCAAUUAAAUACAAAUUUUCUCUCAUUGGUCUUCUCACUAUAUUAUUUUCUAGAUCUGUCUCAUUCCCCAACCUUAUUUGGGGGUAUUAAUUAAUUUUAACAGGGAAAGCUUGCUGUGUUAUCAAGGUUUUUUAGCACCAUUUUACACGAAGGCUAAAGGUUGGCUUUUGGAAAUGACAAGCUCCUUUUUAAAUAUGUUUACUUGUGCUCUGUGAAAUUUCUGGAUCAUUCCGGUCAUCAAGGCUGAUCACAUGUACUAUUUCUUGCUACCUGUGAAAAGGAUUUUAAGAAUGUAUAACCAACACUCCAUUACUUUUUAUUAGUAUGUAGAGGAUUUGUAUCUAAUUCAUGAAUGUAGUUUUACUGUAGUUUGUCAUUGUAAAUGGAGCAAAGUACAUUAUCUUUAUAGUUAUUCUAAAAUGUACAUUAUGUAAGAAUUGUAAAUAUACUUGAUUACUUUGUAUGCUGAAAAUUUACAAUAUUAAGUCAAUAAAAAUAUCUCACUUCUGGCAUA